AUGGCAUCAACUUCGACAUUUGCCCCCAAGCAAAUGACUGAUGCCGGUGCUAUUACUAUGACCACGGCGACAUCGAGUGUCAAUGGCAAAAAUGAGCGAAGCAAGGAGGCAAAUGGAAGUAAACCGGAUACCGGUCCAAUGGUGGCUAUUAAAACCGCCCCAGCCAAUACCUGUCAACCUGGACCCAGCAUAUUAAAAUCAAAGUCAGCUAAACCCUCAGAUAGCGGAGGUGUUGGUGGUGGCGGUAAACCACCACCUGAAAUCAGUCCCAGCAAACAGCCUUUGAUACAGGCUGAAUUACGGGCCAACGACAGUGUGGUGUCUUUCCUCAAUGAAAAGACCACACCGCUGGCCACCGAAACGAUUAGCGAUAAAAUAACCAAAGUAACUGCCACAAUAGUAUUGCCCACAACGGUGGCAACAUCGAUAACAACACAAUCGAAAAUCUUAAUACCAACAACAACAACGAGCACUGCAGCCAAACUGGUGGUAGCCGGCACAGCUGAUAGUGGUCGCGAGCUUAAGACCUUAACCACAUUUGCCACAACAACUGCCAAGCCAACGAUAACCGAUAUCGUUAAUACAAAAUCGUCUACUGGUGGCAGUACAACAACAACGAUGGUCACACAUGUGAUCAAUGGUGGUAUGGUGGCCACGUCAACCACAUCCUUUGCUGUGACCAUGGUGCCCACGGUGACAACAACAACCACAAAACCAGUGGCCUCUAUCGGCAUUGCCACAACCAGCGUGACAACAACUGCAGCUAAACCAAUAACAUCGGCGGCUGCGACGAUAACAAAGCCGACAGUGGUCAAAACCGAUCCCGGUGGUGGUAGCAAAAUUCAAACUCAGGUUGUAUCUACAACCGAUCUAAGCCUUACAACGACAACAAAAUCAGCGGCUGUGGCUAAUUGUGUAACCAAACCCCUGCAAGCGACCGUUGUCGGGGCUAAACCUAGUGAUCCAACUAAUAAAAGUGCUGCCAUUAAAACUACGAAAACUUCCACCACCACUACCACUACACCAACUACAAUACCAGCUACAUUAGCUACAAGCCAACAACAGGUCACAACAGGAGGUGUUGGGGUGAGUAAUAAUAAGUUAGUGACAAGUGCAGCAACGCCAAAGGUCACAUUAGGUCAGGAUGUUACAUCAGCGGCCACAGCAUUAAAAUCAACAAUGGUAGUAUCCACUAGCAGUGGUCGGCCUACUACAUUAGUUGACUCUACGAAAACACCGGUCCCAUUGGCAUCAUCUUCAACUGCAAGUAAAGUUGUAACCCCCACAACUUCGUCAAAAACGGCGACUGGAAAAAGUCCAUCAACAAAUGUGGAAACUGGAAAAUCAUCCUCUACCUUAUCUACAACUACAGCAGCGACAUCUACAAAAGUUGUUUCUACAUUAGCAAGUAAAACAACUACUUCCUCCACCACCACCACUAGCCAAGGUAAGACAGCAACUACCCCAACCACAGCUAAUGCUACAAAAUCAUCAGCAUCAGUAGGUGGUACCACAAAACCUCAAGUAGUAACAGCAACGCCAUCUGUCACCAAAACAUCGCAAGCAACCACAACAACAUCGUCCGUUUCUUCCACAACCCCGGCAACAUCCAGUAGCAAGGCCAGUUCCUCCGUUACCGUUUCGCAGACACAACCAGCAACACAAAAAUCCGCUAGCACAGUUUCGGAUAAAAUAUCAUCCACCAAGCCAAUAGCUGCCACAACUACAACACCACAAACUUCAGCAAAAGCAACGAUAUCUCACGCGACCACAGCCAGCAUCACCACUUCAGCUACUGCAGCUGCUGUUACCAAGCCAGCACCUACGAAAAUUGCCAAAACAUCUGUGGUAACAUCCAAUGAUAAACCCAUUUCCACAACCACAAUACAAAAGCCAACAACAUUUUCUACAACCCUAACAAAAUCAACAACCACAAAUGUUACCACCACCACAGCGGCAAGUGGUGGCAUAUCUACAACACCUGCCACAACUGCAAUAACCAAAACGACACCAGCGGCAACUGUUCCCAAAACCACAAAAUCUCAAAUCACAGCAAAGACACCCACAACAACAGCUAAAACAACAACCACAAGUUCCACAACAGCGCCAAAAUCAACAACCACAAGCACUGCUUCAACCACAUCAGCAAAGCCAUCAACCACCACCAGCACUACAGCAGCGACAACCAAAACUUCAACUACAAAUAGCGCCACAGCCACAAGUGUUGCCACCUCGGCAGCCAAAUCUACCAAGUAG